GGCUUGCAUUAGACCGGCUCGCGUGCGUGAGAGUUUUCCCUGAACUCCAGACUGAAUAACGGGGGAGAAACAAAAAGCAGAAACUUUCUCUCUCCUAAAAGAAAGAGGAACAAAACCCGGAGCCGCUUCUAUAAAGGAAGCGUCAAGGCUGGACGUGUGUGAUUAGCGCCUGAAACACAACCAAACACACUCCUUUCUCUCUCUCUCACUCACACACACGUGCUUACACUCUCAAACACGCACAAAGCUGGAACCCGUGCGGUCCUCAGGUGCCGGCUGAUAGAGGGAUAAACUCCAGAGCGACUCUGCUUCCAGACAUGAAGACCUUCAGCACGUUUUUGGCUUUGCUGAUGAUCUUCAGUGCUGCUGCAGCUUCAGAUUGUGAGCUGAGGGACAUUUACAGAGUCGAAAACGAUGUCAUCAACGUGGACGAUAAAGGAGACUGUUGCUGGACCAAUUUCGCUAUGACGAACGGGACCAAAGUGCACAUCCUCAAUCUGAUCUUAACUCCAGAUGCUGAUUACGCCAUGAUGGAGGUGACUUUAGCCGAUCCGUCCAUCCUGAUCAUCACCUGCCCAAACACGAACGGCAAAUCCGUCUACAUCACUUUAAAUCCACCAAUUCGAUGCUACUUUACGCAUCAAAGAAUAUUAUGUUGAUCCAGCAACAGUCUUCCAUGGCUCCAGACGCUCAAGGCAGCGAGCUUGUAUCAUGGGCAACGGCACAGUUCGGUGGAGUUUCAUCAUUUACCACAAUCAAUAAUCCAUCCAACAUCAGUUUCAUUGAGACUAAAGAAACUCCGUCCGUGUCCAUCUGUGAGCUGAAACCGGAAUCAGCGAAGACGAUGAAGUCACUGAGGUUUAUUUCUGAGAAUAAGGGAGUUAAAUCCUGCCGGUUUGAGGAAUCAGAGGACGAGGUUCACAUCAUCCACAUUCCGGGUCACCUCGGCUCCAGGAACGUCUUUGUGGAUGUGGAUCCAGCUUUCGUGAAGCUAAUCCUGAGGGGUCCAAACGGAACGGUCUGGACAAUCAAUUCUAACAAUGUCUCAUUCAAAUCCAACAAUGUAAUUUCCCUAAACGGUAUGACCGUGACCCGGCUGAGCGACCUCUCUGACGACGACGACGAACUCCGGAAUCAGGCACUCCAUUACUUUAGGAGCAAAUCCAUCAAGAGCUACACAAAGAUUUACCUGAAAGGCCCAAUAAUCCAGGUCAAGAUUCUGAAGAAAAAAACAAGUGAAGUGACUGAGAGAAGUAAACCUACAGAGGCGCCCACGUCUCCCACCUGGAUGAAGUUGUUCACGUCUCCUGAUUACUCAGUGCAACUUGAUUCCAGCACCAAAGUGCCAACCAACAAGAGGCUCUAUGCUCAGGUCUGGAGUUUGCUCCAUGGAAAUGUGGACUUGAAUAUCAAAGUGACGUCAUGUUAUGUGCACUCCAAAGGCCUCCAGCCGUUGGAGAGGAGCGUCUCAUUAAAACAGGAACCGUGCUUGGCAUGUUAUAAUAACACAAGGUUCAGCUUUUUGCUUGACACAUUGCAGGAUCUGCCUACCAACAACUGGGAGCUUCGGUGUAACGUCACCCACUGUAUGAAAUCCACAGCAGUCGUGAGUUGUGCACAACCGGAGCUGGUGACGGAAAACGUCCAAGUCGUCCCGUCGCUCGUCCCGUCGACGCCGAAUCAGUGUGUAGAUUUCAGCCUGCAGUCAGUUCUGGGCAUCGCCUUCGGAGGUUUCCUCAUCGGCGUCCUGCUCAUCGGUGCUCUCUGGUUCAUCAAAAUCCGCACAGGUUAUCCCGGCUCUCUGGGUUUUGGCUUGUCAGAGACCUUCUUCUCAGGAUGUCCAUGCGGUCUGACUAAGCAUCAUGCAGUGCCCACUAACCCGUCCCCCUCUGAGAACAGCAGCGCCAACGGCAGCAUGAGCAGCACCCAGAGCACGCCGAGCAGCAGCAUGGCAUGAGCAUGCUCAGACACACACACACACACACACACACACACACAGAGACGAACAGGGAAGGGCUUUUUUUCCCCCGUCUGAACUGGGACCUUUUGUAAAACUCCGCCCCCUGCAGCCACCCAGCAUCAGGAAGUCAGCGGGACAAAAAACUCAGCCUCAGUCCGAGACAGGAAAAACACAGCAUAUCCCCCAAGAACUAACAGGAAAUUCACAGCAUUCCUCUCGACAGAUCGGAGGCACAAUAAGACCUGAGGAGAAAAACACACAUCAAACCGCUGUGACCUGCAUCACCCCCGCCCUAACCAGCACCACCCCCAACCCCUAUUACCCCUCACUCCCUUAUCACCCCACCUCCACCCCGCCCAUGAUCCAAUUAACACAAAAUAAUAAUCGUCCAGUUUCACCGUUUCUCCGCUAUAUAAAACAUUCCUGCCUCGCCUCUCUCCAGCCUCCGAGGACACGUUUGGGAAAAGGCUACCUCUUCUUUUAUUGCGAGUACAGAAAAAUAAGUAGCUCCAGUUCCUGAGGAAUUGGAUUUUCUCUGCAGGAACCACGUGAUAUUGUUGGACUUUACUGUUCUCCACCGAGACACUAUCUUUAUUUUUAGUUUGUAUUUACCCAAGAACGCUUGUAAGUUUGUACACCCUCUGCAUUCUUUUUUUAUUUUAUAAAUUGAAAAAUCUUUUUUUAGCAGAAUGUCUUCAUCGCUUUUCGUUCAUCCUUCAACAGAUUCCAGGAAAGCGUUUUUUUUUUAAA